GUCACCUCUCCCACUCCUCCUAGCUUCACUCAGGCAGUGCCGUCGCUCUUUCCUUUCACUUUCUUUACUGCCUCUGCCCAGUCUACCGCCAGAUUAAUCUUGUUUGAGUGUCCAACGACGAACGCCAUGCUCUCGCCUCUCGCAAAGGCCGCCGCUGUCAUUACAGCAUCCCUCUCCUUACUCACAUCUGUCCAUGCUGCCUCCACAUGCAACGGCAGUCCUGACCUCUGCAGUCGCAGCUUUGGAAACGUUACUUUCGUUGGCUCACAUGAUUCAUACGCCAUUGGUCUCAACAACCUCGCGACGAACCAGGACCAGAACAUUACAACGCAGCUGGACAAUGGUAUCCGAAUGCUGCAGAUUCAGACCCACAACCAAAGCGGCACCAUUCAGCUGUGCCACACGAGCUGUGGUCUUUACAAUGGUGGGACAUUGCAGACGUAUCUCACCACAGUCAAGUCGUGGUUAGACGCGAACCCCAACGAUGUUCUGUCGCUGUUAAUCGUGAACAACGAUAACUUCUUGCCUCCCGCUUACGACUCGGUGUUCAAGGCCGUCGGGCUCGACUCGAUGGCCUAUGCGCCGUCGUCUGCGUCGUUGACCACCGACAAGUGGCCAACACUCGGCACGCUUAUUGACUCCAGCAAACGCUUGCUCACGUUCAUGGACUACAACGCGGACUUUACCUCGGUCCCGUACAUCAUUGAUGAGUUCUCCAACAUCUGGGAGACCGCCUACGAUGUCACGACGAGCUUUGAUUGCGCUGUUAAUCGUUCAAAGGGCGACACUUCCACCUCCAUGUACCUCAUCAACCAUUUCUUGGACACCGUCCUCUUGGGCAGCCCUGUCCCGGACCCUGGUGACGCUGACAAGACUAACGCCGUGUCUGGCACCAACUCCUUGGGAGCACAAGUCCAGCUCUGUGCAAGCCAAUACAGUCGCAACCCCAACUUCAUGCUUGUUGACUUCUAUGAAUACGGCGGUGGAUCAGUCUUCCAGGUCGCCGCGACCGCCAACGGUGUCCAAUACAACCCAUCUACGCCCAUAGCAUCGCCCAGCUCGACUUCCUCGUCAAGUUCUUCCGGCUCUGGCAGCGGAUCCUCCAAUGGUGCUGGCAAGCUGCAGUGGAGCACUGGUUUAGUUAUCAUCUCCAGUGUCUUCCUGGGCGCACUUUCCGUGUUCUGAUCUGAUGGAUGGCUGAUGGAUGGGAAAUAUCGAUACAUCUUAGCACUUAUCUUACAUACUUACUUGUUGGACAAUUGGACUGCUUGAUGGACAGCUAGUUAUACCAAUAAUACCAUGGACUACACAAAAACCCCAGUCGUAUGCGAUCGCACUAUCGUUUCCGCUCAACUUUCCACUUGUACACCCGUGGCUUGUAGACCUUGGGGUCGGAUUUUGACCGUGACUGUUUGCUCCCGAAGUCACCGUCGUCCUCGCCCUCGUCUUCAUCGCCGCUAUCCACGCGUUCCGCGCCGUGCAGUUUUUGUCGUCCGCCUUUGCCCAUCAUCAUGCGCUGCAUUUCAAGCUCCCGAAGUGCAUAUCGUAGCUGCGUGUCCCUUUCAAGUCGUGCGGCGAGUUCUUUGAGUAAACGUUUGCGAGUCGGUGGCGUCUUGUCCUCGUCUUCAGAUUCUUGGACGUCUUUGCUUGCAGCAGUGUCAGGCUUGUCUUGUCGCUGCUUGCGCUGCUUCGGUUGCUGAGCAACCUUCCAGCCAAGAUCGAUGUCCAUGUUUGGUAUUGUAGACUCGCGUUUCUGGCCAAGAUUUCGAGUAGGAGGGUCGGUAGCAUAUUGUCGCGCUUCUUCGUCAUUGUCGGCGAACACAAUGUGUUUAGUCUGGCGCCCUUGCUUUCCCCUUUGGCGCCUCGAAGUAGCAGGGGGCGAGAUUAUGCCGGCAUUCUGCAGCGUCGAUAGUUCUUCGGGAUUCAGCGAGGCUUCAUCCUCAUCAUCAACGGCGACAUCAUUAGAAGAAAAGAGAUCAGCCAUAGCAGUAAGCUGAGCUUUCAGUUUGUCUAUUUUUUUGAGCCCGACGGUACGCAUCGUCCGUACGUAGCCCUCGUCCUGAGACUUGAGGAUUUUGAUGAAAUCAGUCGGCAGCGCCUGGCUCCCCCUGUCUUUGACGUGUACACCUCGCUCGGUGCGCUGAUUUUUCAUGCCAAAGUAGAAUUCAUCCUUGUUGCGGUCUGCUGCCUUCUGGCGGAGACGGUUUAUGCGAUCCUGCUUCGAGUGGUAGUCGCGGGCACGGAGGACAUAGUCCUUGUGUUUCUCGAGUAUGCCAUAUCGCGAGCGGUGUGCGAGCUGGGAUCGUUCCUUGUGGUUUCGUCUGUGCAGCGAAUUUCUGAGCGAGGAAGUCAU